CGCCUUCGCCGCGCGAUUCCGGGCGGGGCGUUCCCCGCGCCCGUAGCAACCGGAGCGUUCGCGGUAUCCACGGCGCCAUGGCAAAAGCAACGACCAUCAAAGAAGCUCUAGCCAGAUGGGAAGAGAAAAGUGGCCAGAAGGCUUCAGAGGCAAAGGAAGUGAAACUGUAUGGGCAGGUUCCUCCUGUGGAAAAGAUGGAUGGAGCUCUCUCUGCUCUUGUUAACUGCGAGAAACUAUCGCUGUCUACAAACUGCAUUGAUAGAAUCGCCAACUUGAACAACCUAAAAAAUUUGAGGAUUCUGUCUUUGGGAAGAAAUAACAUAAAGAACUUGAAUGGAUUGGAGGCAGUUGCUGAAACUUUAGAGGAGCUGUGGAUCUCAUACAACUUAAUUGAGAAGCUGAGGGGUAUCCGUGUGAUGAAGAAACUGAAGGUUCUUUAUAUGUCAAAUAAUUUGGUGAAAGACUGGGCAGAGUUUGUGAGACUGGCAGAGCUGCCAGUACUAGAGGAGCUGGUGUUUGUAGGAAAUCCACUACAAGAGAAAUUUGCCGCUGAUCAGAGCAGUUGGAUUGAAGAAGCAACCAAACGGGUACCCAAGCUGAAAAAGCUGGAUGGUACCUUAGUUGUUAAAGGAGAAGAGGAAGAAGGAGCAGAAGGAGCAGAAGAAGCAGAAGGAGCAGAAGGAGGAAACUGAUGACACUUUCUUGUUGGGUAUUAAAUUAUUAAAGUAACUUCAGAUAGCUUGGCACAUAAACUUUUAUAAAAGUAUUUGUUUUGAAGAAAAUCUUUGGGCAGUUUUAAAAGACCAGCUUAUCUCUACAGUCUCUCACCCAAAGAGUCAGUUACCAAAAAUUGCUCACACUGGUUUUGUCAAGCUUACGACACUUUCUGUAGAGACUAGUGGAGCUGAGUUUACCUGCUGUUUGGCUAGCAAGAGAUCUUUAUUUAAAUUAAUACACAGCUAUGUUUAAUUCCUGAUUAGUGGUGCUUGUUCACUCUUGGGUUAUAAAAGAACUGUUUUAGCUUAUUUGGUGCUGCUGGCCAACAUUGAAUUGGAAACUCUCAGGCCAAAAGAGUGAUGUUGUGGUUUAGAGACACCUGACAAGCUUUGUUGUGUUUAAUUUUGUCAUGGGACUUUCUUAAUAUUUUUCAUAUGUGAGUUUGCCUUUUCAUUCCUUGAAGUGUUAUGCCAAACAGGCCCAGUAGCUGCAGACAUACGCACAAAAAGGUAUUGGUCUGAUUGAUGAGCGCUUGUUCCUGGCCUUAAGUCUGGAAAUGGGCUUCUCACAUUGGAACUCUAGUGCAUAGCUUAGAAGGUCAUGUAUAAUUUAUAUAUUUAUUUAUUUUUAAGAGGCAGUGGGAAUUCUUUGCAUGGUUUCAGUAAGACUAAAAUCCCUGCUAACUUUGGGUUUUAUCUCUUACUAAGAAAUGGCUUAGAUUGGAAUAUGUGGCCUAUUAGUCUACAGCUUGUUUCUGGCUUUGGAUUGGGUCACUGGUGGACAUAAUCCUUCUCAGCUCUCGAAUCUUCCUAUAAUUAGGGAGGCUGUUAGUAACAGAGAAACUAACAGCAACCAGAAGACCUGGGCUUGAGGACAGAAAAUUUUUGAUUUUGGGGAUACUUAUUUUUUGUGAAAGCACAGGUAUAAGUAGUGAGAGAAAGUAUAUAUAGUGGGGAUGGUGAGAUGAGAUGAGAUGAUGAGAUGAGAUGAGAUGAGAUGAGAUGAGAUGAGAUGAGAUGAGGAGAUGAGAUGAUUGAGAUGAGAUGAGAUGAGAUGAGAUGAGAUGAGAUGAGAUGAGAUGAGAUGAGAUGAGAUGAUGGGAAGUGGGCAUUGGUAGAAAAAGUAUUGAAGAGGUACUGAAUGUGCUAUAUUGCAGGGUAACCAGUUUUAGUAAAGCCCCCUUAUGUGGCUAUUUCUAGUGAAAAGCAUUAAACAACCAUGAAGACAUACCUGAUUGCACUGUGGGAUGCCAAUAGUGUGGGUUUUUUUCUCUUUGAAGAAUAGAUGGAGUCACCUGAGUAGAUUUUUCUGCAGUUCCUUUUUGGUUUUUUUAACAAGCUUUUCUUCUAAUUUGUGCUAGCAUCUUUUUUUAAAUUGAGGUGUCAACAAGUCUAUCUCCUGGUUCCAGCCCAGGCAUAGAAGGGAUGGGGGCAGAAUACCACUCUUAGUUAUUUUGUUCAUGAAGGUGUGGCAGGAGUUGAAAUUUUGGAAGUCAGGUUCAGAGAUAAAAUGGUAGAAUUGGUCCAGGCAACAAUGGUACUGAUCUCAAGCUACAGGUAUAAUUGCAGUAGGCAAUUCUCUUUAAUCAGUUUCUAAGUGAACACUGUGAAGUAAAUGAUUAGAAGACAAUCACAGUUGAGGGUCAAUAUAUUGCUACUUAUCUGUGAUUAUUAGAGGAAUUUUAAAGCAUUCUGAUUUAAGUUGGCAUUCGCUGAAGAGGUUUGAGUUUGAUUUGGAUCCAUUACUAAAAGUAAGGUCAAGAGCACAAUGGCAAGAACUCACCCAGCACAAACUACUUCCAGGCAGCUGUUCUCUUUACCAGAUAAUACUUUCUUAGUUAGCUAGUUCACUGCAUUUAGACAACUUCAUGUUUGCUUGUUAUUUCUUUAGAAGUAUUCUCCUAGCUUUAUUAUGAGUAAAGGCAGCAUUGGCCAAGAAGGACCAUGGAGGAGUGUCUACAGUCAGCAGACUUUUCACACAUCUUUUGAAGCCAAGCCACUCUGUUCACUUGCAGCCAAGCACUCUUGGCAAGGUGGGUGUGCCUGGGCAGUACAGAGCCCGUGGCACACUUAGGCCCUGCUGGCUCCAUCUGCUGUGCCCUUGAUGACUGUAGCUAAAGUGUGGCUCUUGUGAGCCAGAGCUUGACUGACUCAAAACCUGCCUUCCGAAUGUUCCCAACAAGCAGAAAUGCCAAAUUUGUCUCUGUGUUUGGAGAUAUUUUCAGAACAGACCACGUGGUGCUCUUCUCUUAGUGCCUGGCCACAAAGAAAAGCGCUUGAAGCUGUGGACCUGGUCUCUCCCAGGUAUGGCUGGGUUAGCUCCACACGACUGUGACAGGAGGAAUAGGGAGCCAUGAGCACAGUGCAAUGCCAGGUAAUCCUGCUGAUUGAUUCUUUAAAUAUGGCCUAAAUCUGUACAUUUCUGAAGGUUAUGUUAGGUACAGCAAAUCCUCUACACUUUGGCUGUAUUGGAGCAUUCCGAGAGCGGAAUAGAGAUGCAGUGUUCUGACUGUUGUAAUGAUUGAAGUGAAACACACAUCCAUUGGCAACUUGUGAGGGAUAAGAGCAGCUCCUGGCUCUUGCAAGUGAUCAGUAGAGGCUGCACCUAUGAGAAUCAGUCCAAAACUAUUGUAGGUGGUGGUAGAGCUGGGUGGACUGUGUGGCCCACUGGCAUUGAUGCUUUCAACAGACAAAAUGUCACAAAUUCUCUAGAUAUUUUCUUUGGGGGCUACAUCAUAAAUACUAACAAAAAAGGGAAAAAAAUCAUUCUUGAAGGAAGGGAGCAUCCAGUCUUAGCAUAUAAUUUAAAACCCUAUGUGUCAGUCUCACUGAAACAAUACAGUAAGAAAAGAACUGACUGUGGCUUUUGUCAGGAGAUGCUUUGUCUCAAAGCUGGUAGCUUCACUUUACCUUGCUUUGCCUAAUGAGUCGUGAUAACUCUCAAGAACAAAACAAUCCCCCCCCCCGCCCCCAAACUUUUUCUCCUCCAAAGUUUCCCUAAAUUUUUAAAUUUGCACUUUAAAAUUAGGCACUGGAUGUGGCGGAAGACAUAGAGGGGUGGUAGAAUUAAAACAGCUGGUUUGCAUAUUGAUGGUGCUACACAAUAUUAUGUAUAAGAUGACAGGGAUACCUGGGCCUGUGCACCCACAGGGACAUGGGAGUGAGAUGCUGGGAGGGCUGGCUUUCAUUUGUACACUCUGCUGUUCCCUAUCACACCACCCCCAGUGAAGUAGUAAGUGCACUAUUAUUCAUGGAUGAAAAGAGCACCCAUGUAAAAUGUGCAAGCCAUGUGGAAUUCUGCUUUUCCCAGUGAAGUUACAGAGGACUAGCACUCACUUUAUUCCUUAGAGAAAUAUCCUAAAAUUAAAUUAGUGAUAGGAACUAGCUAGGUUUUUUGCUUGCUUGUUGGCACACUCACCUGUCUUCAAAGAGCUGACUGAUGUAUGCAGUGAUUAUUGAGAACUGCUGGAAAAAUGACAGAAGAGACCUGAGAACCAGCAGAUGACUCAGGUUACACUAGAAGUAGGCUCAUCUAGAAAAACUUGCAAGCAAGAGAGCACUUUUAACAUCCCUUUGGCAAUCUUUCGUAUACAGUAAUUUUGUAGCAUGGAAAACUGUUAUAUUUGCUGUGUUUAAAUUAUUUAGGCCUAUGUUUAUAAAUGUUAUUCUGUGAAACUUGUUCAAAAAUAAUAUAACCAUAUUUUAUAUAAAUGUCUUUGGCUGAUGUGUAAUGGAAGAGUUCAGCUUGUGAAGAGUAUUUGGAAACUAAAUUUUCUCAUUAAACUUUCCUAGCUGCUCGGGAAGCAAUGUAUUUAUAGUAUGAUAGUAUGUAAAUGCUGUUCCUUAUUAUUGCCUCUCUAUUUUAGAAUAGGAAAUAACGUAAGGCUUUAAACAUGCUGAUAUAUUGUGAUUGUUGUCAUCUGGUACAUAAAUAUUUUUCACUUUU